GCGGAAUUAAGCUUCCAGCCUGCUUGCGCUAUUACUCAGCUGGAUAAGUGCCUUCUGAGACUUUACAACUGCGUCCUACUCAAGAUCAUAUUCACCAUAGCUAUCUUGACAGACAAAUCAUUCCAUCUAUCAUCGACAAAAUGGCUCGAAUCCUCAUCACCGGCUCUUCUGACGGCCUAGGCGCAGUCGCUGCCCGCACCCUCCUCAAGAACGGCCAUCAAGUCGUCAUUCACGCCCGCAACGCGCAGCGAGCUGAAGAUGCGAAGACCGCCGUUCCAGGCGCCGAGACAGUCCUCAUCGGCGACCUCUCCAAAAUUGCAGAGGUCAAGAAACUCGCCGAAGACGCCAACAAACUGGGAACAUUCGACGUCGUCAUCCACAACGCCGGUCUCUACCGCGGGCCGUACCGCAAGACCGAUCUCGGACUGCCAAGCUUGACUGCAGUCAACGUCUUUGCGCCCUACAUUCUCACGGCCUUGAUCAACAAGCCCAAGAGGAUUGUGUACAUCUCUUCCGGUCUGCACAAGAGCGGCGACACUAGCUUCACUGACCCGACGUGGCGCGAACGCGGUGAGGGAGGCUGGAAUGAGAAUCAGGCGUAUUGCGACUCGAAGCUGCACGUCACGACGUUGGCCAACGCCGUCGCCCGUCUGUGGCCGGAUGUGAAGAGUAACUCGGUCGAUCCUGGCUGGGUUCCCACCAAGAUGGGAGGUUCUAGCGCACCUGAAAAGGCAGAGGACGGAGUGGCAAGCUAUGUUUUGCUGGCGGAGGGAAAUGGUGGUAGAGAUGUUACUGGAAAGUACUUCAAGCCUCCCGGACAGGAAGAUACUCCAGUUCCUUUCACAAAAGAGGAGAAGAGACAAGACCAGUUGUUGAAAUUGCUCGAGGAGGAGACGGGAUUUAAGAUUCCCGUCGCCUAAGUAUGGUCAACAAACAUUGGCAGAUUUGUCUCGUUCUAUGGUAAUUAAUCCAAUUUGAUCGAGAACCUCGCUUAUGGCAUGAUGUGACUGAUUGAUCCUAUACCUGGAGAGCUCAAGGGUUUGACUGAUGGUACCGUAGCAGUGUAGCGUGUGCUUCUUUAAUGUUGGCUCAUCGGCUA